UGGAUUCCAUCCUGCUCCUCGACGGCUUCGAGCACGCGUUCGCGGCGAACGCGGCGUCGGCCGGCGACGGCCUCGUCGAGCUCGCGGCGCCGCUGUCCAAGGCGCUGGACGCGCUCGGCGCCUACCCGGGCGUCGUGCUCCUCGUCGCCCACGUCGAGGACCUGUCGACGCUGCGCUUCGCGCCGUCCUUCGCGCGGCGCCUCGCGCUCGCGCUGCCGUUGGCGACGCCGGGCGCGAAGCUCCGCGCCAAGCUCUGGCGCGCGGUGCUCCCGCCGGCGUGCCCGCUCGCCGGCGACGUCGACUUCGCGCGCCUCGGGGCGAAGCACGAGCUCCUGCCCGCGUCCAUACGCCGCGCGGCGCUCCUCGCGGCCGCGGCCGCCGCGAAGCGCGGCGCGGCCGAGAUCGGCCACGCGGACCUCCACGGCGCCGCGGAGCGCGAGGUGACGCGGCUCCGCGGCGACGGCGCCAACUUCGACCGCCUCUUCGCCGGUGCGACGCAAAAGCUCUCAAGAGACAUGAGGCGCAUGCUGCCCUGGAUGGUCGGGCUCGUUGGCGCCGCGGAGACGGUAUCACCGCCUUCUGCGACGCCGGCGCCGGCCGCCGCCGACGCGACGGACGGCGGCUGCAAGCACGUCCACCCGGAGAUGAUCCCGGGCAUGGGGGCCUUCACCUGCGACGACGCGGCGGCCCUGGGCUACUCGUGCGCGGACUUGGGCCAGAUCGGCAAGGACUGCGACGGCUGCGCGUGCCCCCUCGACGUCCCGACCUCGAGCCCGACGGCGGGGCCGAUCCCGAGCCCGACCUCGCCCCCCGCGCCGAGCCCGACGCCGGCGCCGACCGCCGCCGACGCGACGGACGGCGGCUGCAAGCACGUCCACCCGGAGAUGAUCCCGGGCAUGGGGGCCUUCACCUGCGACGACGCGGCGGCCUUAGGCUACUCGUGCGCGGACCUGGGCCAGAUCGGCAAGGACUGCGACGGCU